CUGGCAGAGAACAGAGACCCAGAGGCAGGCAGUGAGAAGGUAGCUGACCAAGUCGCAGAACAGAACCAACCCCACACGAGAAUCUCAGGCAGGACGACAGACCCAUAGGCCAUACCUGCUACUGACCCCGAGUACCCCACCAGCCAAGCAGGACCCUCGAAGAAUGGCCAACGCCCAGACUCAGGUGGCCCCCACACCAACCAUCCCAAUGGCGACUGCAGAGGACCUGUCCCUCCCUCCACCCCCAGUCCUGGAGGAUCUGCCACCACCGCCGCCCAAGGAGUCCUUCUCUAAGUUCCACCAGCAGCGGCAAGCUGGCGAGCUCCGCCGCCUCUACAGGCACAUCCACCCUGAGCUCCGCAAAAACUUGGCUGAGGCCGUGGCUGAGGACCUGGCCGAGGUCCUGAGCUCUGAGGAGCCCACAGAGGGUGACGUCCAGUGCAUGCGCUGGAUCUUUGAGAAUUGGCGGCUGGAUGCCAUUGGUGAUCAUGAGAAACCAGCUGCCAAAGAGCCCGUGCCAGGCGGUGAUGUCCAGGCCACUUCCCGAAAGUUUGAGGAAGGAACCUUUGCCAACAGCACAGACCGGGAGCCAGCGGGACCCCGUCCAUCGGGAGGAGAUGUUCGUGCAGCCCGGUGGCUGUUUGAGACAAAGCCACUGGAUGAGCUUGGGGGCCAGGUGGAGGCAACAGAGCCUACCACGAGGGAGCCUGCAGCCAGUGGAGAUGUGCAGGGAACUAGGAUGCUCUUUGAGACACGGCCACUGGACCGCCUGGGCUCCCGCCCCUCCAUCCAAGAGCAGAGCCCCUUGGAACUGCGCUCUGAGAUCCAGGAGCUGAAGGGCGAUGUGAAGAAAACAGUGAAGCUGUUCCAAACAGAGCCACUGUGUGCCAUCCAGGAUGCAGAAGGUGCCAUCCAUGAGGUCAAGGCCGCGUGUCGGGAGGAGAUCCAAAGCAACGCAGUGCGGUCUGCCCGCUGGCUCUUUGAGACACGACCUCUGGAUGCUUUCAACCAAGACCCCAGCCAGGUGAGGGUGAUCCGGGGGAUCUCCCUAGAGGAGGGGGCCCGGCCUGACGUCAGUGCAACACGUUGGAUCUUUGAGACGCAGCCCCUGGAUGCCAUCCGGGAGAUCUUGGUGGAUGAGAAAGACUUCCAGCCAUCCCCGGACCUUAUUCCUCCUGGUCCAGAUGUUCAGCAACAGCGGCAUCUGUUUGAGACCCGAGCCCUGGACACUCUGAAGGGAGACGAGGAGGCUGGAGCUGAGGCUCCACCUAAGGAAGAAGUGGUCCCUGGCAACGUCCGCUCCACUCUGUGGUUAUUUGAGACAAAACCCCUGGACUCUCUCAGAGACAACGUCCAAGUGGGUCACUUGCAGCGGGUGGGACACCAGGAGGGUGAAGGACUCAUGUGUGAUGGCUCCUCAGCACUACCUCUGUCUCAGGGUGUGCCCCAAAGAGACGGGGUGAAGGGGGAUGUGAAGACCUUCAAGAACCUUUUUGAGACCCUUCCCCUCGACAGUAUUGGGCAGGGUGAGCCUCCGACCCCAGAGAGUGCAAAUGGAUCAGAAGCAACUGCUAGACAGCCCCAGGGUGUGGGAUCCCCAGUAUAUGCCAUGCAGGACAGCAAGGGCCAUCUUCAUGCCCUGACCUCUGUCAGUAGAGAGCAGGUAGUUGGAGGUGAUGUGAAGGGCUAUAGAUGGAUGUUUGAGACCCAGCCCCUCGAUCAGCUGGGUCGAAAUCCCAGUACCAUCGAUGUGGUACGGGGCAUCACUCGGCAGGAAGUGGUGGCUGGGGAUGUUGGCACUGCUCUAUGGCUCUUUGAGACUCAGCCCCUGGAGAUGAUCCACCAGCGGGAACAGCAGGAACGACAGGAAGAGGACAGAAAGAAUCAAGAAGGCCCCAAGUCUGAGAAUCCCCCAAAGGGCGAUGUGCAGACCAUCCGGUGGUUAUUUGAGACUUGCCCAAUGAGUGAGUUGGCAGAGAAGCAGGGGUCAGAGGUCACAGAUCCCACAACCAAGGCUGAGGCCCGGUCCUGCACCUGGAUGUUCAAGCCCCCACCCCUGGACCAGGCAGAGGGCUCCAGGGAGCAGCACCUGCAGGUCAGUCAGGUUCAGACUGGGGAAAGACAGACAGCUGGACAUGUCUUUGAGACCGAACCUCUGCAGGCCUCUGCAGGCCGCCCCUGUGGAAGAGGGCCUGUGCGGUAUUGCAGCCGGGUAGAGAUCCCUUCAGGGCAGGUGUCUCGUCAGAAGGAGGUUUUCCAGGCCCUGGAGUCAGGCAAGAGAGAAGAUCAGGGGGCCAAGAUAACCCCUGCACCCAUCCCUGAAGGUUCUGUACACAAGUUCACCUGGCUCUUUGAGAACUGCCCCAUGGGCUCCCUGGCAGCCGAGAGCAUCCGAGGGGGCAACCUCCAGGAAGAGCAGCCAGAGACACCUUCAGAAAAUGGAAUGCUGGAGAAGCAAGAGUCUGCAGCCGAGCUGACCCUGCAGACUCUGCAUGCCACACCGGGCGUCCUGCACCAUGGAGGCAUCCUCAUGGAGACCCGAGGGCCAGGGGAGCUCUGCCUUGCUAAGUACAUGCUCCCAAGCCCAGGGCAGGGUCAUCCUCACAUACGGAAGGAGGAGCUGGUGUCUGGGGAGCUUCCCAGGAUUGUCCGCCAAGUGUUACGCCGACCAGACAUUGACCAACAGGGACUACUGGUACAGCAGGACCCAAAUGGCCAACUUCAGCUCCAUCCACUGAGGCUGCCAGCUCCAGGCAACAGUGGGAAUGUUGAAGACCUGGAUCCCCAGCUCCAGCAACUGCUGGCUUGUAGCCUUGGGGCCUCUGUGAUGAGGACUGGGCUGGUGAUGCAGGAGACAGAGCAGGGUCUCGUCUCUCUGACUGCCUACACCCUCCAGCCCCAGCUAACCAGCAGGGCCCCCGAGAGGAGAAGUGUGCAGUUGCUGGCCAGCUGCAUAGACAAAGGAGACCUGAGUGGCCUGCACAGCCUGCGGUGGGAGCCACCGGCUGACCCAAGUCCGGUGCCAGUCAGCGAGGGGGCCCAGAAGCGUCCCCCGACUGAGAACAUCAUCCAUGUUCCACCACUGGACCCCAGCAUGGGGGCGGGGCAUCCCAGAGGUAUAGGAGUCAUGCCCUGCCCGCCUAAGGCCAUUGGAAAGGCAAGCCCUCCGGCCGGAGACACUGCAGCCCCAACCCCAUUGCAGGAGGCAAAAAAGCAGGAAGACAGCCAUCACACUGGGAAGAAAGGGGCGGCAGCCUUAGGAGGAGCCACGGCUACCCCACCAGGGCCUGGAACCCCAGACCUCCAGGCAGCCAUGCAGAGUUUGCGGAUGGCAACAGCGGAGGCCCAGAGCCUGCACCAGCAAGUUCUGAACAAGAAAAAACAGGGCCCCACCCCUGCAGCCACUGCCACGCCCGUCCAAGAUGGUCUCCUGAAAGCACCGGCCAGUGUCACUGGGGCUACCCAGAGCAACAUCAGGCCUAUGGCCGGAGGUGACUCCAGGAUCCCCGCAACCCCCAGAAAGCUGCUGUGACAGGACGUGACUUCUCAGCCCAAGCCCGCCAUGAUGAGGACGCCAACCAGCAGACCUCCAAUCCCUUGCAGGACCCCCUUCACACCCACAGCAGCCCUGCUGGUCAGAAAACUUCUGGGGGGUCACAGA